GCAGUUCGCUCGUGGAUUUGCCCAGCAAGGAAUCCAAGGGGCUGGCUCCCUCCGGGCCAGUUCUCGGGUCAGGUUCACCCUCAAGGCCCGCGGGCUCCGUCCUCGAUUUUUUGGGUGGCUGCAGCCACGGGCUGCUUCGUUCUGGCGGCACUUCGCUGGGUUUCUGAAGCGGUUCAGCCUGGUCAUCGCUAACCGAGUGUUGGGGCACGGGGAUUUCUGUCACCACGAAGUCGCUGGGAGCUGAAGAUGAACAAGCCCGUAACGACCUCAACGUACGUGCGCUGCCUCGGCUACGGGCUCGUGAGGCGGCUGGCGGACUUCAUCGAUCCCCAGGAAGGGUGGAAAAAAUUAGCAGCCGAUAUAACUGACCCAUCUGGCGAAAACAGAUACAGCCAAAUGCAUAUAAGGAGAUUUGAGGCAUUUGUACAAAUGGGAAAGAGCCCCACAUGUGAAUUGCUUUAUGACUGGGGAACAACAAACUGCACUGUUGGUGAUCUAGUGGAUUUGCUGAUUAGGAAUCAAUUCCUAGCACCAGCACGCCUUUUGGUUCCAGAAGCUGUAAGGAUGCCACAAGAAGUUACAUUACCUCUUUCUUCACAGGAAACCAUGCCUAUACAUGAGAAAGAACUGCCUAUACAGGAAAAAGAAGUGGCAUCUGUAAAGCCUGUUUUAGCUCAAAGUACUGAGAAGCAACAUUCAGCUCCUUCCUACUUAAGUCAAGAAAAUAGCAGCUCACAGUCUAGUAACACAGAUUUCCAUAGUUUUUGCUUUCAUGACUUGGAAACUGUUACAAACAAUUUUGAUGUGCGACCAGAAUCAGCUGGAGGUAAUAAACUGGGAGAAGGUGGCUUUGGCAUUGUGUUCAAAGGCUACAUCAAUGGCAGAAAUGUGGCUGUCAAGAAGCUCAUUGCUAUGGUUGAUGUUAGUGUUCAGGACUUGAAACAGCAAUUUGAUCAAGAAAUAAAAAUUAUGGCAAAGUGUAAGCAUGAGAAUCUAGUAGAAUUGCUUGGUUUCUCAAGUGAUGGUGCUCAGCCGUGCCUGGUGUAUGAAUACAUGCCCAAUGGUUCAUUGCUUGACAGACUUGCUUGUCUGGAUGGCACUCCACCAAUUUCUUGGAAUACAAGAUGUAAAAUUGUUCAAGGUACAGCAAAUGGCAUCAACUUUUUGCAUGAAAAUAAUCAUAUUCACAGAGAUAUCAAAAGUGCAAAUAUCUUAUUAACUGAUACAUAUAUGCCCAAAAUUUCUGACUUUGGACUUGCAAGAGCAUCUGUAACAUUCACACAAACAAUCAUGACUGAAAGAAUUGUUGGAACAGCAGCCUAUAUGGCACCUGAAGCUCUGCGAGGAGAAAUAACACCUAAAUCUGAUAUCUUCAGUUUUGGAGUAGUCUUACUGGAAAUAAUAACGGGUCUUCCUCCAGUAGAUGAAAACCGGGAGCCACAGUUACUGUUAAGUAUCAAAGAUGAAAUUGAGGAUGAGGAAGCAACUAUUGAGGAUUAUGUUGAUGAAAAGAUGAGCGACUGGGAUGCCCCUUCGGUUCAUAAAAUGUAUUCAAUUGCUGAAAAGUGUCUGAGUGAGAAAAAAAACAGAAGGCCAGAUAUUAAGAUGGUCCAACAGCACCUACAAGAGAUAAAAACUUGAUACAUAUUUCUUCGCAUACACAAAUGUUUUUGAAAUGGAGUAGACACCAGUAGCAAAUAUAUUAUUAGUAUUUAGUGUGACAUUAUCAGCCUGUCUGCUUUCCAGAACUUUCUGGUCUACAUACAAGGUGUGUUGUUAGCCUGUCACCAUUGUGUUACUUCUGUUAAGUGAGCAGCCUUUUCACAUAUCCUUAGCCACUGGGCCCUCAACAUAAGAGAACUUUUUUGCAUUAACAGCUUGCAGCACUGGUACAUCUCCACAGCUUUUAAAUGUGUUUCCAUAUUAGAACCUAUUUGGUUCUUUUAAUUUCCAAGUAUCAAGCAUGUCUGCUGCAAAGGCAUGUGACAGCAACAGGGUAGAAUGUCUUUCUGGCAAAUUGCUUUCCUGAUCCAGUGUACUAGAGCUUGCUUUAUUGAAGACAAAAUUUAAUAGAGACAAAUGGCAUUUGUUUUCUUUGGGGGGAAAAUACAAUAGUAGUACAAAUUUAAAAUAAACUUAUAUUUAGUAUUUUGAGA